AUUUAUUGGAUUUUAUUAAACACUGAUUAUAUUUUCACAUAUACUGUAAAAUUUUUGUAAAAUAUUUUUAAAACAACUCUAAAAUACUCAUCUAAAAAAUUAUAUGCAAAUAUACUAGUACUAGUGGUCAAUAGAGUGGCAGAUGUGUACACAUGCAAUUUGGGACUGUGUAUGUAAUAAAAAAAAUUUUGAGAAAAAAUGGAGCAAAAUAAUUCCCCUGAUGUUAAAAGAUACUUAGGGGUAGAUAUUGAUGGUACAUUUUAUGUAGAAGAUCCUGAAAAAUUUAAGAAUAACAUCGAGGCUUUUAAAAACCUGAAAUCGAAGAAUAUCGUUCCCUUUUUCUGUACAGGUAGGGUUCGUCUUAGUGCCAUGAAGGUUGUCGGUGAUGACUUUCAGGGUGAGACUGGAUACAACGGCUAUCCUGGUGUUUAUGCCAAUGGAGCACUGGUUUACGACUCUGAUGGAAACAUAAUAAGUCAUUCACAUUUUUCUGAAGAAUUUCUCAGAAAAUUUGUAAAAUACAUUAUCGACAAUAAUCUGGAUGACAUCACAAUUUUUAAAGGAGCCGAUAAGUUCUUUAUUAUCAAAGAUUUAAGGGAAGAGUUCAAAAGUUAUCCUAAAAGCAAAAAUAUGGAUAAUUUGAUUCUAAUUACUCCAGAAGAAAUAGUAAAAGAGAAAGUAUUGGGAAUACUUCUGAGUAACAAUGCCAAUCUAGAUGAUUUGCCCAGUAAAUUGUCAUGUAAAAUGUGCACUAACGAUAGAACCUAUCAGAUAAGCUCUGAAAAUGUAACAAAAGCCUACGGAGUUGAAAGAUUGCUGAAUUAUUUGGGAGUUUCACCUGACCAAUGUUCAUUUAUUGGUGAUGGAGAUAACGAUAUAGAAGUGUUAAAAUAUUGUAAACUAUCUUAUGCAGUGGGAAAUGCAAACAAUGCAGUGAAAAUGGCUGCGAAAACUGUUUUAAAUGAAAGUUAUGAUCAGGGUGCUUUUGAAAAGGCUGUACAGCUUGUUUCUUCAUCCUGAUUUCAUAAAUCUUCCUCUAAAUUUCAUAUAUACAUA